ACACCCUUGAGAUACGUUCCUUUCCGGUGUCGAUGUGGCCUUUCCGUCUCGGUGACGUUCCGCUGCGAUGGAUUUGCUCACUGCCCGGACGGGUCAGAUGAGGCAGACUGUCAGCGUGCCUCGACUAUCGAAAGCCCACCCGCCUUGGUUACAGUGCAAGUUGGCGGGUGGAUGAAUCUAACCUGCCGUGGAACGGGCGUUCCGCCCCCGAUCGUACGAUGGAAAAUGAACGGAAAUGAACUGCUCGAUCCAGUGUGUGACUGGGUGUCGGAAGAGGGCGUUGGACACUUGUCCUGCCGGAUGCGGUUCAUAGAUGCGGGAAAUUAUUCCUGCCAUCUGGCGCAUCCCCUUGGGAUGGUCGAUGUACAACCGGUGACGGUGGCCGUGGUGCAGGGAAAUCCAUGUCCGAAAGGAGAGUUCCUGGCUGGUGACGAAGGCACCACAUCCUGCUUGAAAUGUUUUUGUUCUGGUGUGUCAGAACUCUGCCAUAAGGCUGACAUUUUUCGAUGGAAUUAUACGAUGGCAUUGAACGACUGGAAAAUGCAUUACGCCACGUGGGAUGGAAAUGGCACAGUGGAAAUGGUGAAAACUAUCAACAAUUUCUCUCCCAACCGGUCACUAUAUUACAGUCUUCCGUAUCGCUUCAUUGAGUAUCAAGUAAAGUCGUACGGAGGAUAUCUCCAUAUUCCAAUAGAACUGAACGAACCUCAAGAGAUCCCAGAUAUUAUCCUCACGGGCUACAACAGAACGAUUGUUUACAGGCAUAGUAAGAACGAUGUGAUCAGCAAUGGAACAGCUAGAAUUAAACUGCAUGAGUCACAUUUCGUUUACCUCAACGCAUCAUCAAUCGAUCGUUCAGAGUUCCUGACAGUGUUCGCAUACAUUGACCAUUUUCUGAUACGUAUGCCUCUCAAGAAUGGGCGGUAUGAACCGAGUGAACAGAGCAUCGUGAUGGAUUCUGCCAGUGACUAUCAGAGAGGUUUGGGUAAAGCGACCAUCGUCGAAGAGUGUCGAUGUCCUGCCGGAUUCCGAGGCACUUCCUGUGAGCGGUGUGAUUUCGGCUACAAUCGAGCGUUUGUUGGACCGGCGAUGGGUUUGUGCAUGCCGUGGGAGUGGCAUCGGGCACGAUACGUUCCAAAGAGUACCACCCCGAGAACUUACCACUACGUUUAA